GAGGCGACCAGGAGUCCCGGCGUCGUGCCUCGGACCCCGGCCUCACCGCCGCCCCCCGCAGAGCGCCGCGGGCGGCGCCGGAGGCCGCAGCCGGCAGCGGCGGCGGCGCUGCUGCCAGAGCCGACGCCGAGCCAGAGCUCCCGCGCUUCGGCCCGCCAGAGCAGCAGCCCACGCCGGCUCGCGGGGAUGGGGCGGGAGGGCCCGUGGCGUCGCGGGCACCACCAAGCUUCAGCUUUGGCCCUGCCGCCAGCGGCGGCCCUGGCGAGGAUGGUGAGACAGGCCCGCGAGGUCCUCUGGCCAGAGGUCUCCCAGACGCCGCCGCCAGCUCUAUCCCUACCACGCCCGAUUUCGGUGGCUGGCCGCAGCAGCAAAGCGGGGACCGCCCUCCCCUUCAGCGCUACAAGACGUGGCCUGGCAGAACGAGCGCGCUGGAGCACGACCGCACGGACUCUGGGGAGCCCGACAAGGAGCCCGACGAGGGGGCUGCGGGGUCGCUGCAGCCCGCUGCGGGCUCCAGCUGGUCGGACCUCAGACUGGGCGGCGCCAGCUCCGUGGCGCCCAGGUUCGGGCUGGACUCCCCGGAGCUGGCCGAGGGCCUGGAGGACGACUCCGACGGCAGCCAGGGGCCAAUGGCCCAGCCCGUCUGGAGCCUCGGGGCUGGCGGCGAGCAGCGGGGCGCUGGCGACAGCCCGCCUCCUGAUGCUGCCGUGCACUCGCCCUGGCUGCACGUGGGGCCACCCGAGCCUGCAGAGGACUACGUGCGCCUCGAGGCGGAGAUCGAGAGCGUCCGCCACCGGGCGGUCGUUGCCGCCCUCGAGGCGGAGAUCGAGCGCCUCGGCCACAGUUGCGGCGAGCUGCGCGCGGAACUGCGCGGGCGGACGGGGCUCCUGGAGGGGUGCGAGCAGGAGCUCCAGACGGCGCGCAGCGAGCUCAGGGAGCGGAGGGACUGGCAGUCGCCGCAGCAGCUCUGGCGCGUUGUGGACACGCGGGAGCAGAGGGCCGUGGCGGCGGAGAAGGAGGCGCUCGUGCUCCGCGCGGAGCUCCGCGAGGCCACGCUGGCGCCCCGCGCGGCCGCGCCCAGCGCGCCGCUCUCGCCAGAGCUGCAGGAGCCUGCCUGCGAGCCGCCUUCGUGCGAAGGCCUACCUGGUCUGGAGCAGCCUGGAGCGUGGUGGGACCAUUGUGUGGGCCUGCAGGAGGAGGCCCGCGGCGAGCUGGAGGACAUCGCCCAGCACGUGCGAGACGCGUCUGCAGAGCUCGCGGCCUCGCGCGCCGAGUGUGCCGAUGCGAGCGCCCGCCACGAGGAGUCCGCGGCCGACCUGCACUUCCGCCUGGUGGGCUCCUAUGGCCGGCACAGUGACGCCGAGGCCGCGGCGCAGGCUGCUCAGGCCAGGCUGGAGGAGGAGCUGGUGGAGGUUCGCGAAGAGUGCCAGGCCAUCGAGACCGCCCUCAGGGAUGAGCUGUCGGCCGCGCGCGAGCAGCGCCAGGCCGUGGAGGCGGCCCUGCGAGCGGACCUGGCGGAGGCCAGCGCCACCCUCAGGGGCGAGCUGUUGGCCGCGCGCGAGCAGCAGCUGGCCGUGGAGGCGGCCUUGCGAGCGGACCUGGCAGAGGCCAGCGGCGCCCUCAGGGGCGAGCUGUCGGCCGCGCGCGAGCAGCAACUGGCCGUGGAGGUGGCCCUGCGAUCGGACCUGGCGGAGGCCAGCGAGCAGCAUCGGACCGAGCUGGGCGUCCUGCGAGAAGAGCUGGCCGACGCCUCAAAGGAGCUCCGCGCCGCGGAGGCGGCGCUGCCGAGGCUGCUGUCAGAUGCAAGCCAGCAGCGCCAUGCCACGGAGGCUGACUUGCAAGAGUUGCGACUGGAGCUGGCGGUCGCCGGCGAAGGGCGGCAGGCUGCAGAGGAGGCGCAGGAGUGCGAGCUGGCCGAAGCGCACAGGCGGCACGGCGUGGCGGAGGCUGUGCUGAGGGGGGAGCUGGCGGAAGCGCGGGAGCAGCACAAGCAGCUCUCGACCGCGGCUGCAGCUGGGCGCGCGGCCGCCGCGCACCAGCAGACAGAGCUGGCAGCCGCGCGCCGCGCGCUGACGGCCGCGCGCAGCGAGGUCGAGGAGGCCUGCCAGCGGGAGGAGAGCGUCGGCGACCUGCUGGCCACGCUGGCGACCACCAGGCGGCAGCUCUCGCGUGCCCGCGCCGCCGAGUUCGGGGCCGCCGCGGAGAGCCGCGUUGGUCUGCAGGAGGCGAAGGGUGCACUGGAAGCGGCCCGCUUUGGCGAGAGCAGGCUGGAGGAAGACCUCGCCACCGCGCUCGCGCAGCGCCGCGACGCGCUGGCGGCGUCGGAGAGCGCACAGCGCGCUAGCUGGGGCCUGGGGCGCGACCUCGCGGAGGCGAGCGAGGAACUGGGCCGGGAGAGGUCCGCCCUGUGGGCCGCGCGGUCGGGCCUCGGCCUGUCGGAGGCUCGGCUGGCGGAGCUGGAGCAGGAGCUGGGCUCGGAGAGGGUCGCCCUGAGGGACACGCGCGCGGACCUGAGCAGGUCGGAGGCGGCCGCCGCGGAGGCGCGGACGGAGCUGGGCCGUGCGAGUGCUGCCUUGGAGGCCUCGCGGGCGGACCGGGAGGAGUGCCGGGUCCUGCUUGUCGCCGCGGGCGAGGAGAGGGAGGAGAUGGGGCGGGCACUCCAUGCAACCCAGGCGAGCCUGCUGGGGUCGGAGCAGAUCUCGGAAGAGAUGGGUCGGAGCCUGCAGGUGCUCUCGGAGGCCCGGGAGGAGUUGCAGGCAGCCCAAGUGCGCAGCGACGACGAGGCGAGGGGCGAGCUGGACCACGAGGGUGCCGCUCUCCAGGUGGCCCGCGCGGAGCUGCAUGAGGCGAUGGCGCAGCUGCGGAACGCCGGCAAUGCCGCUGUCCGCGAUGUCCUCCUUGCUGCGCAGCAGGCCGAGGAAGAGCGCGACGUGCUCAGCACGGAGUGCGAGGAGGCCGCCUCGCGCGCGAGGCGGGCGGAGCAGCAGCUGGAGGAGACGAACGGCCGCCUGGAGCAGACGACUUUGGAGCUGCUGGCAGAACUGGAGGCGGAGCGGCUCGCCUCGGCGCGGGGCGCCCAGGCCGCCCUCGAGGAGAGGGCCGUGGCCGCGGUCUCCGCCGCCGCGGCCGAGGCGUCCGCGGCGGAGUGCGCGCGCCUGCGCGCCGAAAUGGCCUCGGAGCGCGGGCGCCUGACAGAGGAGGCCACCACCGAGGCCGAGGCGGUGCAGCAGGUGCGGGACGUCCUCCUGAUCAGCACGGAGUGCGAGGAGGCCGCCUCGCGCUCGAGGCGGGCGGAGCAGCAGCUGGAGGAGACGAACGGCCGCCUGGAGCAGACGACUUUGGAGCUGCUGGCAGAACUGGAGGCGGAGCGGCUCGCCUCGGCGCGGGGCGCCCAGGCCGCCCUCGAUGAGAGGGCCGUGGCCGCGGUCUCCGCCGCUGCGGCCGAGGCGUCCGCGGAGGAGUGCGCGCGCCUGCACGCCGAGGUGGCCUUAGAGCGCGGGCGCCUGACGGAGGAGGCCACCACCGAGGCCGAGGCGGUGCAGCAGGUGCGGGGCGCCCUCGUGAAGGCGCAGCAGACUGAGAGAGAGCGCAAGGUGCUCCGUGCGGAGUGCGAGGAGGCCGCCUCGCGCGCGAGGCGGGCGGAGCAGCAGCUGGAGGAGACGAACGGCCGCCUGGAGCAGACGACUUUGGAGCUGCUGGCAGAACUGGAGGCGGAGCGGCUCGCCUCGGCGCGGGGCGCCCAGGCCGCCCUCGAGGAGAGGGCCGUGGCCGCGGUCUCCGCCGCCGCGGCCGAGGCGUCCGCGGAGGAGUGCGCGCGCCUGCACGCCGAGGUGGCCUUAGAGCGCGGGCGGCUGACGGACGAGGUGUCCGCCGAGGCCGAGGCGGUGAAGCAGGUCGAGCGCUAUGCUGGCAAGGCGAUGGAGGCCGCGAGCGAGGUAUGCGAGCGGCGCGUGGCCGCCGCGGAGGCGGCGGCCCGCGACGCGGGGCGGCGGAGCGCCGCGGCGGAGGCGGCGGCGGCGGCGCAGCGGGCGCGGGCGGCGGCGGAGAUGGCGCAGCUCUCCAGGCGUCUUGAGAGCGAGCUGGGCGCCUACAGGGACGAGGGGCGUGCGCAGCGCCACCGGGCGGAGCAGCUGCAGCAGGAGGCGCGGGGGGCCGCGGCGGCCGAGCUGGCCGAGGCGUGCUCGCUGGGGGAGCUGCGGGCCUCCCUGGAGCAGGAGCGGCUCGAGGUCGAGCAGCUCCGGCGCGAGGCACGGCAGGCGCGCGAGGCGGAGGCGGAGGCGCAGGCGCAGCUCCGGCGCCAGGUGGGCGAGGCGCGCGAGGCGCACCAGGCGCGCGAGGCACGGGCGGCGCUCGAGGCAGAGGCUCGCGAGGCGCACGCGGCGGAGGCGGCUGGGCAGCCGAGGCGCGAGGCGCGCGAGGCGCGCGAGGCGCGCGGGGCGCGCGAUGCCGAGGCGGAGGCGGUUGCGCAGCUCCGGCGCGAGGCGCGGGAGGCGCGCGAGGCGGUGGCGGAGGCGCGGCUCGAGGCCGACCGCCUCCAGCGCGAGGCGCGAGGACAGCUCGAGGCCCGCGCGGCGCGCGAGGCGCAGCACACGGCCCGGGCGCGCGGCGCGUCCGAGGCUGGGGAGGCGCCCGAGGCUGGCGCUGCGGCGCGCGAGGCGCGCGAGGCGGAGGCCGAGGCGGAGGGGCCGCUCGGGCGCGAGGCGCGCGCGACGCGCGAGGUGGGCCCGCGGGAUGGCAGGGGGGAGGAGGGCCGCUCGGACGAGUCAGCGGGCCCCGCUGGCUCCAGCCCAGGCGGGCUCGACGUGGACCAGCUCAGCGCGCGAGGCAAGCACUGCGACAGCUACGGCGAGCGCACCUGCGCCGACGACGAGGUGCUGGACCUCAUGGGGGCCAACGACAUCCCCUCCGAGGAGUUCGGGAAGUGGACCUCCAAGGGCACCGGCACGUACCUGGAGGGCGGCAUGGAGGCCGGCAGCAUGCUGGUGAACCAGCGCUUCUGCCCGCGCACUGUGGGCGGGCGCACCUGGACCCCUUUCGGUACGGGCUCCAUCUGCACCUCCCGCGGGCCCGGGGACCCAGAGUUCGCGAGCCCGCCGUCCGUGGUGCUGGCGCUGGGCCUGGCCUCGGAGCCGAUCCGCCCCGGCUUCCUUCUGGCCUCGCGGGAGGGGAGCCCGGCGUCGGCGGCGAAGGGGAUCGCGGACGGGUUCGGCUGCUCCUGCGCAGGCCUGCCCGAGUGCCUCCCGGGCUGCUGCGCCGAGGGCGCGCCGAGCGCCUGCCUCGCCGACGUCCCGACGAAGGAGGACCUCGUCGGGGCGGAUGAGCACGGCAACCUGUUGGGUAUCAGGGCGCUGAAAAUCGGCGGCCGGGAGCUCUACACCGCGUCUCGCCGCAUCGAGCUGCCCGUCCGCACGAACCAGAUUCUCCUGCAGAUCCCGGCACAGCUCCGGCUCAUUCACCCUGUCGUCACCUGCCUCGUGGGUGGCAUGCUUUCCUUCGGCGCGGUGUUCACAGAGUUGUUCUUCAUCAUGUCGUCCAUGUGGCAGCACCAGUUUUACUCCUUCUUCGGGCUCUUCGCGCUGAGCGGCUGCGGCGGUCUUGCCGAUCCUGCCCCGGCGUCGGCUGGGCCCUGCCCGUCGUCGAACUCGUCAGAAUUCCAGCAAACCGCUGGAGGUGAGAGGUUACCCAUCAACGGCUACGCCCCAGAAGUCGCUGGAUUUAAGCAGUUCUGGCGGAUGGGCGACCAGGCGAAGGUCCUGACGUGCUUUGCCAGCCUCUGCAACGGCGUCGACGUGACUGUUGCCGGCUACCUCCGGCGGCUCAACCAGGAACGGGGUGAACUGUUUGACGUGUUCGGCGCGAUGCUCGGUAUGCUGCGGGCGGGCAGUCCCAUGAUACUCUGCGCCGGAGUUUUCUUUGAGGUGUCGCUCGGUAAUCAGGGCGAAAUUGGGGCUGGGGCGGUUUCCGUGCGUGUCGCCGCGGACCAGUUAGUGGAUGUCUUCAUUCAGCUCGCGGGCGGUUUCGCUGUCUUCCAUGAGCAGUGCGAGGUGGCCGGAGGUAUCGCCGAGGGCCAAUGGCAAGCUGAGGGCGCCGGAGGUAUCGCCGAGGGUUUGCUGGUAUAA